AUGCAUUUUCCAGGGGAGGAUCCUGUGGACUUUGUACGAAGGUUCCGAGACUUGGCUCUCGACUGCUAUGACGAAAAAGAUGAGGAGGCACUUGUCAAGAUUUGCAUCAGCAACAUCGUGGCAGAUUACAGAGUUUACUUGGAGAAUAUUGGCAUCAGUCAAUUUUCUUGGCUGCUGGAAGCAGUAAGGAAGACAAGCAUGUCUGUCAAACCAACUGGGCAAAGAAGUUGGAGGAGCGAGAAGAAGGAAGCACAUCAAACGUUGGCCGUAAACGAUAAGUCAUCCAAUGACUACAACUCACACAAACGAAAGGAUAGGGAGACAUACCCUCUAUUACCGUGCAAGGACGAAGAAUUUCAUGCCAUUCUUGACACGAUGAUUGCUGACGGCGCAAUCAAGCCCCUUAGGCCCUACAAGCUAAGCCAUUAA